UUGUCUCUUUUGGUUUUGGACCAUUUUCGUUUGAUCAAGUAAUGGGGAAAGUUUUUGUGGGAUAUGAAGUUUUUUCAUAAAGGUAACUAAAAUGGAAAAAGGGGGGAAAAGCAGUGACACAGAUUUCUUUGAUUGGGGGUUGUAAAUUGUCAUCUGGCGACUAAAGUUCUCUGAUUUGUUCCACAUUGAGAUUUCCAUCCUUUGUUUCAGCAUUUUCAAAGGAAGGCGCACCAAGAAUACAGGACAAAAUGUUUGUGUCUGUGUGUGUUUUCUCUGGCCGAUAUGUGCAGACAGCAGAAGUGGCGUUAUUACUUAUGUAAAAUUGAUGGACUGGAUUGAGCCUAUGAUUGAUUGUAUGCCGCAACUUAAAGCUAAAAAAAGGCGCUGCAAAAGAAAUAGGUCUUAAAAUAUUCGAGCUUUGAUUUGUAUGUCUUGGUGUGGCUUUGUAGUUAAAACCAUGGAGAGGUUUGCUUGAAAAUAUGGAUGACUUACUACUGCUUAUACCAAAAAGCAAACCAUGGCAUUGACUUAUUGGGAGUGACACGUCAUUUUCUUCAUCGAAAGAAAUUUCCUGCUCUAUACAAUGUGAUUGACAUAGCUUUAUCAGACGAGACAAUUCAGAGUCUUGUACUAGAUGCUCCAUGGUUCAAAUCUAGUCAGAGACUAUGCGCAUAUAUCAGCUGCAGUGCCUUACGGGAAGUAGAUACCUCGAAAAUUAUCUCACGAAUUUUGCAAAAUUCAUCCAAAGAUGGCCACAUACAGAUGAAGAAGAAGCUUUAUGUUCCACGUGUGGAAGACAAAAACAGCCACAUGAGAAUGCUCAACAUCUCAAGUGUCAAUGAUAUGAUUGCAAACUCAAUGGACAUAUUAGAACCUGCUGCGCUAGAUGCUGAUGGAAAUGAACGUGAAGAUGUCAUGCAGGCAGAUGAUCCUGUUGACUUGUUCCUUUUACCUGGACUUGCAUUUGACGAAUCUGGAAGACGCUUGGGCCGAGGUGGAGGGUAUUAUGACACUUUCCUGAGAAACUACCAAGAGCUUGCACAUGCUCGGAGCUGGAAGCAACCCCUCCUUGUUGCCUUGUCAUACUGUCCACAGAUUGUGGAUGAAGGAGUCAUACCAGUCACUCCAGAUGACAUUCCGGUAGAUGCUCUCGUCUCCCCCUCUGGUGUAAUUCCCAUAAGCCCUGCAGCUUUGGACAGAAUGAAGAUUUGACAUGGGCUUUGAUACCCCAUCUGGGUUGUUCUCUGCCAAUCUGGUGUGGGACCUGGAAAGGGUGAUGGCCAUUGCUUGAAGUAGGUGGCUGGCUUUAUCAAAGUCGUGAUGGCGAGUCUUAAUGCCAAUUAUGAUUUUGUAUUGAUCUCUAAUACCUUUGAUACAUAGAAAAGCCAGUAGGUGAGAAGAUCCUCCUAAUUUAUCUUCUGUUUGAUGGAUCAAACAUUAGAACUCU